AGAAAAGAAAAAGGCAAUGCAUAUAGCCAGGUGGGCUUUCAUUUGCCAUUGGGUGUUUGUUUUUUCUGUUCGCUUUCCCUGUCACCUACACGCAAAACAAACAUAAACACACUAGUCUAUCUAUUUUCUGUGGGUUGGUUCUCUCCUCUUCACUGUUAAAAGUUCUCGAGAUUGGCGUUUAAGAUAGAGACCACAGGACUCUCUCCCCUGUUUUUUUCAAGUUCUCAAGCUCUUACCUAGCGUUUGCCUUGAGAGAAAGUAAAAAGAAAAAGAACAGCUGAUGAAGGAGAAAGUAGGCUCUCUUGGAGGAGAGAGCCUGCCACAGAACACCACCAGCAAUAACAAAGAAGCUGAAGAAGCAGAACCAAAGCUACCACCUUUUUAGGAUCCCCAUUUUCCCCAAAACAACUUCUGGUUUCAGCAAAUAACCAGAUGGAUACCAGCAAGUACGUGAGGUAUACGCCAGAGCAGGUGGAGGCAUUGGAGAGGGUGUACACAGAAUGCCCAAAGCCUAGCUCUUUGCGAAGGCAACAGCUCAUUAGGGAGUGUCCUAUUCUUUCCAACAUUGAGCCCAAACAGAUCAAAGUCUGGUUUCAGAACCGCAGAUGCCGCGAAAAGCAGAGGAAGGAAGCAUCUCGUCUCCAGACAGUGAAUAGAAAGCUGACUGCCAUGAACAAGCUGUUGAUGGAAGAGAAUGACCGCCUUCAGAAGCAGGUCUCGCAUUUGGUUUAUGAGAAUGGAUACAUGAAACAGCAACUGCAUAGUGCAUCUGGAACGACCACAGACAACAGCUGUGAGUCUGUGGUCAUGAGUGGUCAGCCCCAACAACAGCAAAACCCAACGCCUCAGCACCCCCAAAGGGAUGCUAACAACCCAGCUGGUCUUCUCGCAAUUGCUGAGGAGGCCCUGGCAGAGUUCCUUUCCAAGGCUACUGGAACUGCUGUCGACUGGGUUCAGAUGAUUGGGAUGAAGCCUGGUCCGGAUUCUAUUGGAAUCGUUGCUGUUUCCCGCAACUGUAGUGGGGUAGCAGCACGAGCCUGCGGUCUUGUGAGUCUAGAGCCCACAAAGGUCGCUGAAAUUCUUAAAGAUCGUCCAUCAUGGUUCCGUGAUUGUCGUUGCCUUGAUGUACUGAGUGCAAUCCCUACAGGAAGUGGAGGGACAAUAGAGCUCAUAUACAUGCAGACUUAUGCGCCUACAACAUUGGCUGCGGCACGUGACUUCUGGACGUUGAGAUAUACUACAAGUUUGGAAGAUGGAAGUCUUGUGAUGUGCGAGAGAUCAUUGACGACUUCUACUGGUGGCCCAGCAGGGCCUCCGAAUACAAGUUUUGUAAGAGCUGAAAUGCUGCCUAGUGGCUAUCUAAUACGACCUUGUGAGGGCGGUGGCUCCAUUAUUCACAUUGUUGAUCAUGUCGAUUUGGAUGUUUGGAGUGUUCCUGAAGUUCUCAGGCCACUUUAUGAAUCAUCAAAAAUUCUUGCUCAGAAAAUGACUAUCGCUGCCUUGCGACACAUACGACAGAUUGCACAAGAGACUAGUGGGGAAAUUCAAUAUGGUGGGGGCCGCCAGCCUGCCGUUUUAAGGACAUUUAGUCAGAGACUUUGCAGGGGGUUCAAUGAUGCUGUUAAUGGAUUUGCGGAUGAUGGUUGGUCACUUAUGAGUAGUGAUGGCGUGGAAGAUGUGACCAUAAUGAUAAACUCAUCUCCAAACAAGUUUCUAGGCUCCCAGUAUGGCACAUCAAUGUUCUCAACUUUUGGAGGAGGGGUGCUGUGUGCCAAGGCAUCAAUGCUGCUGCAGAAUGUUCCCCCUGCCUUGCUUGUUCGUUUUCUGAGGGAGCAUCGUUCAGAAUGGGCUGACUAUGGUGUUGAUGCCUACUCGGCUGCAUGUCUUAAAGCUAGCCCUUAUGCAGUUCCUUGUGCAAGACCUGGUGGUUUCCCUGGUAGCCAGGUCAUCUUACCUCUCGCCCAUACUGUGGAACAUGAGGAGUUCUUGGAGGUAGUUCGGCUAGAGGGUCAUGCAUUCUCCCCCGAAGAUGUGGCAUUGGCGCGAGAUAUGUACUUAUUACAGCUUUGCAGUGGAGUUGAUGAGAAUGCAAUUGGUGCCUGUGCUCAGCUCGUCUUUGCACCUAUUGAUGAAUCCUUUGCUGAUGAUGCUCCUUUGCUGCCAUCUGGUUUUCGUGUGAUACCUCUGGAUCCUAAAUCAGAUGGGCCAGCUGCAACCCGGACAUUGGAUUUGGCCUCUACACUUGAAGUAGGAGCUGGUGGUGCCCGUCCAGAUGGUGAAGCUGAUCUAAACGGUUACAACCUUAGAUCAGUCCUGACUAUUGCUUUCCAAUUUACUUUUGAGAACCACUUGCGGGAUAAUGUGGCUGCCAUGGCUCGCCAGUAUGUGCGUAGUGUUGUAGGGUCUGUUCAGAGGGUUGCCAUGGCUAUUUCCCCCUCCCGCCUUAGCUCCCAUAUGGGGCCCAAAUCCCUUCCUGGUUCACCUGAGGCUCUUACUUUGGCACGCUGGAUUUGUCGGAGCUACAGGAUCCACACUGGGGGAGAGCUCUUUCGGGUUGACUCUCAAGCUGGCGAUGCUAUCUUAAAGCAACUCUGGCACCAUUCUGAUGCAAUUCUAUGCUGUUCGGUGAAAACAAAUGCAUCUCCUGUGUUCACCUUUGCAAACCAGGCUGGACUUGACAUGCUUGAAACAACUCUUGUGGCCCUUCAAGACAUAAUGCUUGACAAGAUUCUUGAUGAAGCCGGCCGGAAGAUUCUCUGUUCUGAGUUCUCCAAGAUCAUGCAGCAGGGAUUUGCAUAUCUACCAGCAGGAAUAUGCGUUUCCAGCAUGGGCAGGCCGGUGUCUUAUGAGCAGGCAGUCGCAUGGAAAGUUCUCAACGACGAUGAUUCGAACCACUGCCUGGCCUUCAUGUUUAUAAACUGGUCUUUUGUGUGAUGUUAGAAGUAAGCACCCAGAGACUCAAAAGCACUCUAGCUAUUUAUUAAGUUAUGUAUUUUGGCAAGUAGAACUUAAAAGACAUUAUGACAUAUGAAUGUAGUCGUGGCAGGAUCUCAUUUAAACAUACCUAUAUGUAUGUAUGUAUGUGUUAAGGCUGUAUGUUUGCUUAAUUAAUGGGUUCAGUUCGGCUGUCAAAUCUCA